AUGGCAUCAAGAAAGAUUGCUUGGGACCGCCUUGUCAGGUAUGUGUCGCAAGACGAUGGUCAGGAACGAUACGGUCGACCCGUCGUAUCAUCACCCGACGACGACAUCGCGGCGCUUGCCAAAGCAGGUUCUUUGACCGUACAGGUCUGCGAAGGCAUUGAUGCCCUCAGUGCUCGGCCAACUGACCGCGAGGAUCGAGUCCAGCGGCUACUUGGGCCGCUGCGCCCCGAAGAGGUUCCGAUCAUUCGCUGCAUCGGCUUGAACUAUAAGACGCACAUCCGAGAGACUGGUCGUCCGCUUCCCGAAUGUCCCACGGUCUUCACUAAACCGGCCCCGGCCGUUGCGAACCAUGGCGAAGCGAUCCCGAUCCCCAAGGUAGCGCAAUCCCAGUGCGAUUACGAAGGCGAGCUGGUGGUGUUGAUCGGAAGAGACUGCAAGGACGUCAGCGAAGCAGACGCGCUGGGCUGCAUUGCCGCGUACACCUGCGGUAACGAUGUUUCGGCGCGCGACUGGCAGAGGGAGCCGGGCAAGGCUGGCGCAGUCCCGCAAUGGUCUUUCAGCAAGUCCUUCGACAAAUACGCACCGCUCGGGCCGUGUUUGGUAUCUACGGAGAUCCUAGGAGACGCUGGGCAGCAGGAGCUUACAACGGUCGUCAAUGGCGAAACGAGACAGCAAGGCAGCACCGCCGAUCUGUGUUUUGGGGUGCGGAAGCUGGUUGCGUUCUGUAGCCAGGGUCAGACUCUGCAACGCGGCUCACUGAUCAUGACGGGCACCCCUGGCGGUGUCGGUCUCUUCAUGAAGCCGCCGUCUUUCCUCAAGCAUGACGAUGUAGUUGAAGUCCGGAUUGGUGGCAUUGGUACGUUGCGGAAUUCGAUAGACUUUAGUUGA